UGAGCCGAAGCUGCAAUUCUGGGGGAUCCAUGAGCCUAUAGCCUCGGGCUGGAAGGAGUGGAGAUUCCUGCAAGGGCACGAGCAGUGAGGUGGGGCAGAAUUCCAGAGAGACUGAGAAGAAGGGCCUGGUCUUCUCAGUAAGCCAGCUGGAGACCCCUAAGUGCGCCAGACCAGCAGGCUCCGGUGAAGGUCUUCCUGUCCCUCCCCCGGCUCCUGGCAGGGGAGCAGCACCUCCGCCUGACCAGUCCAGAGGACUCUAAGGAAGUGUUUCUUCUGCCUGGGGCAGUUGUGUGGCUAUCCAGCUGCCCUAGUCACUGCCUAUGGCUGUCCACCUUCCUCCCCCCCUCACAGGUGGGCUUGCCAGGUGAGAGCCGCUGGCAGGUGGGCCCGGCUGUGGAGGAUAACCUGGCUCUGGGAGCACCGCAAGUGGGAGGCCUCCCUGACUUGGUGCCAGAGGGGACACUGCUCAACAUGGUGCUGAAGAGGAUGCAUCGACCCAGAAGCUGCUCCUACCAGCUGCUGCUUGAGCACCGGCGCCCCAGCCGCAUCCAGGGGCUUCGAUGGACUCUCCCCACUGCCCUCAGACGCCGCUCACCAACAGCGAGGAGUCCCUGGAUUUCAGUGUGAGCCUGGAGCAGGCUUCCACAGAGCGGGUGCUCAGGGCUGGAAAGCACCUGCACCGACAUCUCCUGGCCACCUGCCCAACCCUCAUCCGUGACCGAAAGUAUCAUCUCAGGCUCUACCGGCAGUGCUGUUCUGGUCGGGAGCUGGUGGACUGGGUCUUGGCCCUGGGGCUUGGGGUCCACUCUCGGAGCCAGGCUGUGGGCAUCUGCCAGGUGCUGCUGGAUGAAGGUGCCCUCUGCCAUGUGAAACACGACUGGACCUUCCAGGACCGAGAUGCCCAGUUUUACCGGUUCCCUGGGCCAGAGCCAGAGCCCACAGGAGCUCAUGAGAUGGAGGAGGAGUUGGUGGAGGCAAUGGCGCUGCUCUCCCAGCGGGGGCCCGAUGCCCUGCUCACUGUAGCACUUCGAAAGCCCCCCGGUCAGCGCACAGAUGAGGAGUUGGACCUCAUCUUCGAGGAGCUCCUGCACAUCAAGGCUGUGGCCCACCUCUCCAACUCGGUGAAGCGGGAAUUAGCAGCAGUUCUGCUCUUUGAACCACAUAGCAAGGCAGGGACUGUGUUGUUCAGCCAGGGGGACAAAGGCACCUCAUGGUACAUUAUCUGGAAGGGGUCUGUCAACGUGGUGACCCAUGGCAAGGGACUGGUGACCACACUGCAUGAGGGAGAUGACUUUGGACAGUUGGCUCUGGUAAAUGAUGCACCCCGGGCGGCCACCAUCAUCCUGAGAGAAAAUAACUGUCACUUCCUACGUGUGGACAAGCAGGAUUUCAACCGCAUUGUCAAGGAUGUGGAAGCGAAGACCAUGAGACUGGAAGAACACGGCAAAGUAGUGUUGGUGUUGGAGAGAACCUCUCAGGGCACUGGCCCUUCUCGCCCCCCGACCCCUGGCAGGAACCGGUACACAGUGAUGUCUGGCACCCCAGAGAAGAUCCUAGAACUUCUCUUAGAAGCCAUGCGGCCGGAUUCCAGUGCUCAUGACCCAACAGAGACAUUCCUCAGUGACUUCCUCCUGACCCACAGCGUCUUCAUGCCCAGCGCCCAGCUCUGUGCUGCCCUCCUGCACCACUUCCAUGUGGAGCCCGCAGAGCCUGCGGGAGGCAGCGAGCAGGAGCGCAGCACUUACAUCUGCAAUAAGAGGCAGCAGAUUCUGCGUCUAGUCAGCCAGUGGGUGGCCCUCUAUGGCCCCAUGCUCCACACAGACCCUGUGGCCACCAACUUCCUCCAGAAACUCUCAGACCUGGUGAGCAGGGACGCCCGACUUAUCAACCUGCUGAGGGAGCAGUGGCCAGAGAGGCGGCGACACCACAGGUUGGAAAAUGGUUGUGGGAACGCUUCUCCUAUGAUGAAGGCCCGGAAUAUGCCUGCUUGGCUCCCCAGCCAGGAAGAGCCGCUCCCCAGUAGCAACUGUGCUAUUCGAGCUGGAGACAAAGUCCCCUAUGACAUUUGCCGCCCGGACCAUUCCGUGCUGACCCUGCAGCUACCUGUGACAGCCUCUGUGAGAGAGGUGAUGGCAGCAUUGGCCCAGAAGGACGGCUGGACCAAGGGGCAGGUGCUGGUGAAGGUCAAUUCUGCAGGUGGAAGUGAGGAAAGACCAAUGAGGUCACCUGUGUGCUCUGCUAUGGGAAGCACUGCCCUCUGGUGGCCACCUGAUGCCAUUGGCCUGCAGCCAGAUGCCCGUGGUGUGGCCACAUCCCUGGGGCUCAACGAGCGGCUCUUUGUUGUCGACCCACAGGAAGUGCAUGAGCUGACCCCACACCCAGAGCAGCUGGGACCCACUGUGGGCUCUGCUGAGGGGCUGGAGUCAGUGAGCGCCAAGGACCUGGCAGGCCAGCUGACAGACCACGACUGGAACCUCUUCAACAGUAUCCACCAGGUGGAGCUGAUCCACUAUGUACUGGGCCCCCAGCAUCUGCGGGAUGUCACCACUGCCAACCUGGAGCGCUUCAUGCGCCGCUUCAAUGAGCUGCAGUACUGGGUGGCUACGGAGCUCUGUCUCUGCCCUGUGCCCGGCCUGAGGACCCAGCUGCUCAGGAAGUUUAUCAAGCUCGCGGCUCACCUCAAGGAGCAAAAGAAUCUCAAUUCCUUCUUUGCCAUCAUGUUUGGCCUUAGCAACUCAGCCAUCAGUCGCCUGGCCCACACCUGGGAGCGACUGCCCCACAAAGUCCGGAAGUUAUACUCAGCCCUGGAGAGGCUGCUGGACCCCUCGUGGAACCACCGAGUGUAUCGACUGGCCCUCACCAAGCUCUCCCCUCCCGUCAUCCCCUUCAUGCCCCUUCUCCUCAAAGGAGGGGAACGGAGUCUGGGGACCUUCAAGCAAAACCAUCCCUUUGCAGACAUGACCUUCAUCCACGAGGGAAACCAUACACUAGUGGAGAAUCUCAUCAACUUUGAGAAGAUGCGAAUGAUGGCCAGAGCUGUGAGGAUGCUGCACCACUGCCGAAGCCACAGCACCGUGCCUCUCUCACCACUCAGAAGCCGAGUGUCCCACUUUCACGAGGACAGCCAGGCAUCGAGGAUUUCCACAUGCUCGGAGCAGUCCCUGAGCACCCGGAGUCCAGCCAGCACCUGGGCUUAUGUCCAGCAGCUGAAGGUCAUCGACAACCAGCGUGAACUCUCCCGCCUCUCCCGGGAGCUGGAGCCGUGAGGAGGGGCUGAGGCUGGAGCAGGCACUUCCUGCGGGGAAAGCCAGAGCAAGCCUGGGCCAAGAGGCCUGCAGGGCAGGGCUCUCCGUGGAGUAACUCGAGGCCCUGGAGCGGGCAGCAUGGAGGCACCUGUCCCCUGUGAUGACCGGUGGCUAAGGAGGACCUCGGAGUGGAUCUGCGCUGGGGCCCAAGGCUGAGGAACGGGGGACAGUGAGGCCCUGGGAGUGGGUGGGAGAGCCGGGCAGAGGCAGGACUCUGUGUUCAAUAGAGAGCUCUCCACACCA